AUGGGUCGACAGCAACGGAAAGAAGAUCGCCAGGCACGCAAGAAGACCAAGAUCUCCGCCACCCAAUCUCAUGCCAAGAAUGCCUCUGGAGCUUCCAACGCCGUCGGAAAGCAAACCAGCAAUGCCGGCUUCGUCUUUCAAAAGAAUCAGUUCGCUAGCCUGAUCAACAAGGGCAAAGCGAGGCUGAUGCAACAGAUCCAGCAGCAGCAGGUAGCUGCUCAGCGUAAAGCGGGGCUUGCAGUUGGGAUGGAGGUGGACCAAGGUGCGGAAGCGAGCGCGACGGCAGCCGCCAGGUUGAAGCACGAGAUUGCGGAUGCGGCCGCCACGUCGAACGCACACACUGCCGAAGCAGAUGGUGUCGACGAUGUUGAUGAAGAGGACGCAUUUCUUUCGACAAGCGGUAUACAACUGGAUCCAACCUUGACAGGUCGGCGGGACAGCUCGCUCAAAGCGUACAUGCGCGAACUCCGCAAAGUCAUCGACAACGCCGACGUCCUCCUCGAAGUGCUCGACGCACGCGAUCCGCUCGGCUGCCGCUCCUUCUCCACCGAACAGCUCCUCCUCCGCUCCAACAAGAAGAUCGUCCUCAUCCUCAACAAGAUCGACCUCGUCCCCAAAUCCAACGUCGAAGCGUGGCUGAAAUACCUUCGACACGACUUCCCCACCUUGGCGUUCAAAGCUUCCACCCAGUCUCAGCGCAACAAUCUCGCGCAGGGUGCCCUCUCCGUCCACUCUUCCGGCUCGGGAGAAUCUAUCAGCGGUGGCUCCGAAGCCAUCGGAGCAGGUGCACUGCUCCAACUCAUCAAGAACUACUCUCGUUCGCUCAACCUCAAGACCUCUCUGUCGGUCGGAGUGUUUGGCGCACCCAACGUGGGCAAAUCCUCCCUGAUCAACUCGCUCAAACGUUCGCGCGUCUGUUCCGUCGCCUCCACCCCAGGUCACACCAAAGUGCUGCAAAGCAUCAUGCUCGAUAAGUCGAUCCGACUCAUCGAUUGCCCCGGAAUCGUCUUUUCCGAUCCAGACCACUCUUCCUCUAGUCCGGAAGAAACGUUGAUUCGACGUCAAUCCGCUCUCCUCCGCAACGUGGUGAAGGUCGAACUGGUCGAGGAUCCGAUCACGCCGGUGGAAGCGAUCCUCGCGAGGGUGCCGCGGGAAGAGGUGCUGGAGAUCUACGGGCUGGACUGGUUCGAGGAAGGCGAUGCGCAGGAUUUCCUGAUGAGGGUGGCGGUGGGUCGGGGGAGGAUGAGAGGUGGAGGCAAGUUGGAUCUGGAAGGCAUGGCGAGGAGUGUCUUGCACGAUUGGAAUUCCGGUAGGAUCAAGUACUUUACCAACCCGCCAAAACUGCAUCGAUCCGCGGUGUUGACCGAACCGAAGAUUCCCGGAGAGGGAGUGGAAGAAGAAGGGGGAGCGUUGGAGUCGAGUUCCAAGAUCGUAUCUGGUUUCAGCGAGGCGUUCGAUCUGGCUGGGUUGUUGGGCGAAGCGGAUGCGGAGGUUUUCGGUGCGGGAACAGGUGUUGGGAAAGAUCUGCCUUCCGCUCCCGCGCCUAGGUUCGCUGAGGAAGUCUCGGAUGAGAUUCAGGACGAUCACGAACCACCCAUCACUUCCCCGACCAUCGUUGAAGAACCAGAACCAGCCGACACGUCUCGACGAUCAACGCUGGGGAAACGAUCGCGUCUCUCCUCCUCCGACGAAUCCGACGAUGAAUCAGACGACGAGUUCUCCCGCCAUUCUCACCUCGACACCAUCGACGACGACAUCGAACCUGUCCCUUCGACCGAACCGCAGUCCGAGUGGAAAGACAAACUGCACUCCAAAGCAACCUCGACGUCCAAACGAACGGCGGAACUGUCGCUCGCCUUCUCGCAGCAAGAGUUGGCGUCCAUGGCGCCGCUCACCGGUGCAGCCAGACGCAAGCUCAAGAAGCUGAAGAAGAAGGAGGCGCGUGCGGGAGCGGGGCUGGUGAGGGAGUUGGAAGGGCAAAAGUUGGGUGAAGGAGGGGACGAGGAGGGUGCCGGAAAGGGAGUGGGGAAGGGGAUGCAAGGGAUGUUCGGGAAUGUGGCAGUGAAAAGGCAAGGAGAGGUAGUCAAGAGGAAAGGCACGGGGAGCAUGUUUGAUGUGUUGUUGGAGGGGCAGGAUAUGGAAUCGGAGGAGGAGCAGGAGGAGGAAAAGGACGUGGUGAACGGCGCUGCUGGGGAGGAUUAUGAAGAGGAGCUGUAA